CCUCAGUGUCACUCAGGAUUACCUUAGUAGCUAGUUUUAAACCUCAGGGCUACUCAGUAUCAGCUCAGUUCCCUCAGAGCCACCUCAGUAUCCCUCAGUACCCCCUCAGUACCAAGAGAGUAAACCUCAGUGCCUUUCAGUAUGUCCUCAGUGUCCACAGCGAAAACCUCAGUGCUACUCAGGACUACCUCAGUUUACUCAGUACCAGGCUCAGUACCACUCAGGGUUUUCUCAGUACAACUCAGUACUUCCUCAGGGUUUUGUUAGAUUCUCAGUGCUUUUUAGUUACAGUAGUGAAAUAUAAACCCUUAACAAUGUUAAGAGUUUUCAACGUACAUUUACAAAGAAAGAUGUGUAUUGCCUACAAAUUUUUCCGUUUGCCCGACAAGGAGCAGUUGGCGGGUGUGAUCGAUCGACGGAGGAUGUUUCCUCCCCCAUGGUACCUGAUCUCACCAUUGAUGUUUUUGGAGCUCCGAGUUUGCUCUGUUCUCACUACUGAAAAUGUUGAUAUAACAACGUGUAAUGGGAAUACCACGGAUGGUUCAGUGAUUAAAGUAAAAUAUAUUGAAAUGAAAUCUCCCUGUGAGUGUCAGAUAGAACCUCAAUUUGUUGGUGUUUUAAAAUUUGCUUCUAAUGUCGUUACUUUUACAUGUUAUACGGAGAUAAACAUUUUUGACAAGGACAGGCCAGAUGAAGUAUUAAGACUUGCAUGUGGACUAAGGACUUCUGGCAGAUUCAAUGUAACCGAAGAAAGUGUCCUUUUUAUGACACCUGAAUACGUCGGAUCUUCAACUGGAACUUUUCAUCAAGAGAUGAUAAUAUUUGAAGAUAUAAGUUUCAAUGGUACAGUUUCUGUUACUUGUGGAAGUAAUUUCUCAAGGUCAAUGACAACAACAAAAUGGACCAUAAAUACUGAUGGGACAAAUAACAGAAUAACUACCAACAGCGAUGCCUCCUUAAAAUCAGCAAGAGGGGAAAUCCAAAACGACAAAGCAGACAACACAGUUGUAUAUAUUAUACUUGGUGCCGCUGGAUUUAUUGUGGUAUUUUUAGCAGUCGUUACUGUAAUUGCUGUUUGUCACAUGAGACGAAAACAGUCAGUUCAGAGCACAACAGAUCUGAAAGAUGAGUUCAACUAUGAACAGAAAAAAUCAGACAUUUAUAAGGAACUUCCGGAUAAUCCUCUUUAUCACUCAUAUCAGUCCGAGGACAUGGAACACCAGGUUUAUGCUCAACCCAAUAAAAACAAAGAAAAGACACAAAUAAAAGACGUACCCAAGUCUGUCACGCAGGCGAAUUCUUCUAAAGAAGAAUAUUGUGAUAUUGUUUAUGCCAAAGUAAAUAAACAAUAA